AUGGAGGGCCUCCCUGAAGUGCCCAUUUUGCUUCGCAGCCUUGAAGGCCGACAGGCCACCCAGGUGCACGUGGAUGAUAUGAUGAUGACGGGCGACGAGGAGCCCACCAACAAGGUUGUCUCCACCUUGAAGGACAAGUACGAGAUGAAGGUGCAAGGCCCCUUUGGCUCACCGGGCGACGAGUGGAACUUCUUGAACCGCCGGUACACCAUUGAAGAGGAUUUCUCCAUUACGGUGCGGCCCGAUGCAAAGUUCUACGUCGACAUCAAUGAGAUGCUCGGGCAGCCACGUGCCCGCUCCACUCCCGGACCGGGUGGAGGCGACAGCUUGUUCAACGUGGACACCACCAAGCCCUUGGACAGUGCAGACUCCCGGCUGUUCCGGACCAUGGUCGGAAAGCUCUUGUACUUGAGCAACGAGCGGCCCGAUGCCCAGGUGGUGAUACAGUACCUGGCCUCCAAAUCGAGCUGCCCCACGGAGCAGUCGAUGAAAGUCCUCAAGCACCUGGCUGGCUACUUGUAUGCCACCCGUGGCUAUGGCGUGAAUGUAAAGAACCGAGCUGGUGUGUCGAUCCUCCGGGGCAACCACAUCAACCACGACCCUGUUUGCAAUGCUUUGGUGGAGGCCGUCAGCGACAGCAACUUUGCAAACGACCGCGAGACCCGCCGGAGCUUGUCUUCAGGGCAGGUCCUGGCCAUUCCCACCGAGACCAACCCAGCUGAUGCUGGAACUAAGGUGCUUACCGGAGCACGGCUCAAGAAGCUAUGUGGCUUGAUGGGCAUGGUGGAUGGCAGCGGCAACUUGAUCAAGGACGACACCAACCACAAGACCAAAGCUGGAAAUGCGAUCAAGGUGCUCAUGAUGGUGCAAGCGUUGUUGGCCACCACCCAGCUUGAAGGAUGUGACAAUGGACGCCCCGAUGACCUGAAUUACAUCCUGGACUACCUCCUCGAGAGCUUCUAUGUCAUCGGCUAUAUGUUUUCCAUGGUUGGUGGCAGCUACCUCUACGUGUUGGCCGGCAUCAUCGUGAUGAUCCUCAGCGUCUACCUGGUCUUUGGUGCGCGCUGGCGAAUUACUUUUGUGCUGGAGAACCGCCCCUACACUUCAGGGCUUGGGCCGGGCUACGCAGAUGGUGGUUCAACUUCCGAGGGG